GGCGCGUUCCCGACAUGCCCCGCGGCGGCCGACAACCGCCGGAUUUGAAUCGCGGCACCGCUCGGCGGCGGCGGGAUGAGUACCCCGUCGUUGCCCCCGGCCUGGCAGCUCUACCUCAAGGACCAUCGUGUCUCCACAUUUAAGAACUGGCCCUUCUUGGAGGGCUGCGCCUGCACCCCGGAGCGAAUGGCCGCGGCCGGCUUCAUCCACUGUCCAACUGAGAACGAGCCCGACUUGGCUCAGUGUUUCUUCUGCUUCAAGGAGUUGGAAGGCUGGGAGCCAGAUGACGACCCUAUAGAAGAACAUAAAAAGCAUUCAUCUGGUUGUGCUUUCCUUUCUGUCAAGAAGCAGUUUGAAGAAUUAACCCUCAGCGAAUUUUUAAAACUGGAUAAAGAAAGAGCCAAGAACAAAAUUGUAUGUAUUACUGGGAAUAAGAAGCAAGCACAAAUCCUGUUCGGCAUCUUUAGUGCUAAACUCCCUAGCCCGCCACAAGCACUGCAUAGACGCCUUUCCUCAGCAAAGGAAACCAACAAUAAACAGAAAGAAUUUGAAGAAACUGCAAAGAAAGUCCGCUGUGCCAUUGAGCAGCUAGCUGCCUCGGAGUGACGCCAUCCCCACCGUCACUGCCCCACAGGGACACAGACACAUCCUUUCCAAGGCACAGCCCUCAGCAUUACCAGCUUUCCUCUGGGGCCUCUUAACUGUGCCUUAGGAAAGGAGAACAUCAACACUUUGAAAUUAGAAUAUUUACCUGUAUUUUUGGGUUUUUCCUUGAAGGCGGUGCCAGGGGCUAUUUCUGUUGUACAGCUGGUGCUAAGUACAGUGACGGAUUCUCUUUUUUCUCUUUGGUAGUUUUUGCUUUAUUGAUUCCUGGACUUAGGGUGAGGGGAGAAGUUUGUCCACGUGGGUAGAGCCCUUUUACAGUGACCUGUCUGGGCUUCACACUGACGACUGGCUGUCCAGCUGAGAUGCGAUGUGUGAAUGUGAUCAUUGGUCCAUUGUGACUGGACAAACAGGAUUAAGAAUGCCAUUUUAAAUUUCA